AUGGAUUUAUCUUCGUUCGCUGGUAACUGGUGCCUUAUCGAGAGCGACCCAGGCGUCUUCACCGAACUCAUACGAAGGUUCGGUAAACCGGUACACGGUCUGAUAUUCCUGUUCAAGUGGCGCCCUAAUGAAGAAGAGCCGAACCAGUUCGAAGAAAAUGAAAACGACGUGCCAAAUGACUUGUACUUCGCAAAGCAGGUGAUCCCAAACGCCUGCGCAACCCAGGCGCUCAUCAACUUGGUUCUCAAUUGCGACCAUCCGGAUGUGCACAUUGGCUCGACUCUUGCCGAAUUCAAAUCGUUUACGUUGUCGUUCGAUCCAGCUAGUCGCGGACUGUGUCUCACAAACUCAGAAAAUAUUCGCAACGUACACAACAGCUUUAGCUGUCAGACGCCUUUCGAAAUUGAGGAGACGAAGAAAGUCGGUGAUGCGUUUCACUUCGUGACAUACAUGCCCUUUCGUGAAGGCGUCUAUGAGUUGGACGGACUGAAGGAAUCGCCGAUCAGAGUUGGAACCAUUCCGAAAGACGGGUCAUGGCUAGACGUUGUUCAGCCAGUUCUCAAACGCCGCAUUGCGAGUUACUACGAAGGCGAAGUAUACUUCAGUUUGAUGGCAGUCGUUUCAGAUCGAAAGUUGAAGCUCCAACGCAAGCUUGCGCUGCUGGACGCGCGGCAUUUUUUGCAGAAAGAGACGCGAACCGUUGAUGAAUUAGUGGAAGCAUCGUUUCUUCGUGAAGCCAUUUCAGACGAGGAAGCUAAGAUGAGGCGCUAUGCGCUGGAAAAUGUUCGUCGUCGACACAAUUACAUUCCGCUGAUCGUGGAGUUUCUGAAAAUCUUGGCUGAACAGGGCAGACUUGUGAAACUUGUAAUGGAGGUAAGAGAAAGUAUCGUUUUUCUCGUAAAUUUGACUGCUGCUUUUAACUAAAU